AUGAGUGUUCAGGCUUUGGUCACCUCCAGGUGGCUUGUGGAGGCCGCCAAACUGCGCCACAAGAAACUUUGCAUCCUGGACGCUUCCUGGUACUGGCCCAAGGCGAGGCGCAGCGCCAAGAGCGAGUUCCGCGGCGGUCACAUCCCGGGCUCCACCUUUUUGGACCUGGACGAGUGCUGUGACAGAACCUCCCCUCUGGAGCACAUGCUGCCCUCCGAGCGGGACUUCGCAGACUAUGUGGGCCGCCUGGGCGUGGACGAGGACACUCACGUGGUGGUGUAUGACGCCAGCGACUUCGGCGCCUUCUCCGCCCCGAGAGCCUGGUGGAUGUUCCGGGUGUUCGGGCACAGCCGGGUGUCGGUGCUGGACGGGGGGCUCAUCAACUGGCUGCGGGAGGGGCGGCCGGUGAGCGACCAACGGGUCAGACCUCAACCCGGCGAGUUCAAGGUCUCCCUGAACCGCAGUUGUGUCAAGACCUACCAGGACCUUGUGGAUAACCUGGACUCCAAGGAGUUCCAGGUGGUGGACGCGAGGCCAACGGGCAGGUUCAGAGGAUUGGAACCUGAACCUAGAGACAACACAGAACCGGGCCACAUUCCCGGCUCCAUCAGCAUGCCUUUUCGCUCCUUCUUAUCGCCGUCGGGCCACUUCCUACCCAAGGAGAGACUCCGGGCUCUGUUUUCCGGGGCCGGCGUCGACCUCGGCCGCCCCGUAUGCGUGUCGUGCGGCUCGGCCGUGACCGCCUGCCACGUGGCGCUGGCGGCCCACUGCUGCGGUCACCCGGGCGUGGCGGUGUACGACGGCGGCUGGUCCGAGUGGUACGCGCGCGCCGUGCCUGAGAACGUGGUGUCGGAGGGUCGCGGGAAGCACCUGCGCUUGACCGGACUGUGACGAACAAUAAAGGAGGUGGUUUUGAUGGUGUUUACUUUGGAGGAACAAGACUGAAAGUCAUGAUUUGUUUCCCGAGUUUUGUAUUAGUUCCUGUUCAGCGCUCUUAUUUUUUGUUUCCACU